AUGUUUUUUUUACUCUUAUAUGGUGUCAUGUAUAGAAAUUUAUUUAUUAAGAGCUUUUUAGCCUUGAGUUUAUUAAUGAUAGGCUUAUUUGAAUACAAUGGUAUGUUUUAUUUAUUUGAAUGGAUUUGGUUAUGGUUUUUUGGAAUGAUUUUAUCAAUGGUAUUUUUAAUAAAGGAAGAAUCCAUAAAUGAUGAGGAGAGAGAAUAGCUUCUUGAAAAAGAAAUAAGUGAACAUAAAUAAACAUAUAUACCAUUAACAUUGUAUGCAAUUCAUGCAUCAAUACAAGCAGCAGACAUAUUUUUAAUAUGUUUUGAAUUAUUCUAUAUGAGCUUUGGAUUGUUCAUUAUAGUAAAUUAAAAUAAUUAAUAUAGUGUUAAGGAAUUGUGUUUGUAUUCUAUAUCAUAUAUACGAAUAAAUACGAUUAAUUAAAAAUCAUUUAUGCAGGUGUUGUUCUAUUAACAGGCAUUUUUUCACUUGCUUUAGAUAUUGAUGGGAAUGAUAAAUGUUAUAUUGGUUUGAUAGCAACUCUACUUCAAAUAGGAACAAAUAUAUAUACAAUCAAAUUAAAAGAAGAAUUUAUGCAUUAGUAAUUUGAAUUCAUAAUAUUUUAAAGAUAUGUAUUUCAGCAUUCCAAAUAUAUUUCUUAUACUGGUUUAUUCAAAUUUAUAAUAUGGACAAUUGCAAUGGUGAUUGUAAAUUUCAUACCUUGUCCUAAAUAUGAUAAAUCACCUAAAACUAAAUGUCCUACUAAUGAAAAAUUAGGUUAUUUUAGUGGAUAUUUUGAGUCUACUUUUUCAGAAGAAUAUAAUAAGAAUUUGGGUUAUAUUAUUGUAAUUAAAAUAUAAUUAUAUUGAAAAGGCUUAUCCAGUAAUUGUGUUUGUAGUUUUGAUAUUAAUAAGUUCAGCCAUAAGCUAUAUAGAUAAUAAAAUAACUAUUAAAGAAUAAUAAGAUAAAAAACAAUUAAUCUAAUAAUUUGUUUUCUUUCCUUUAUGGAUUUGGUUAUAUAAUAUUAAUAACGAUGUAACUUUGCGUGUAUUUUGCAUACUGUUCUUCAUUUUGCAAUGGUUAUUAGGGCUCUAUAUAGUAAAUGAUUGAUAAUUAACUAGAUAUUUUAUGAUAAGAAGACAGUAAAAUAUGAAUAAAUUGAAGAAGAUCAAGAUUCAGAGUUUUCAUGA